CUCCCUGGCAGGGGGCGGUCGCGCGACCUUGCCCUUGAUGGUGCUCAAGUCGGCACGGGGCGGGGGGGGUGCAUCCCGUUCCCUAUUAAUAGAGCUGGACGAGCGCGAUAAAGCCCAAGAUCUGACCGGGGACAGCGGGGCGGUAGGACGGGUGCACGUGAAGAAGGACAGGGGGGUGGUGCUCGAUCUGAAGGGGCAUCAGUACCUGGCGGAGCUCUGCCGGUGCCCGACCAUGCUCCUCGUGAGCUUGGGGGAGGAGGAGGCCAAGGUAGAGGACGUGGUGGAUACCUUGUGCGUCCUCACGCAUCAUCACGACGAGCUCGAGGCGAUGGGGGGGAAGGUGCUGCGGCGGGGAGAGGAGGAGGAGGAGUCUGUUGGGGGGGAGGAAUCGGACUACGGCCUCAUGGGGAGUGAGGGCGAGGGAGCCAGAGCCGGUAAACGCAUGAAGGCGAUGAAAAGGACCGUGAGCAAACGCGGUAGCACCGGAGUCGGAGUAAGGCAGGCAAAGAGAAAGAGCCAGGGGGCCGCUCGAAAGGGCGGUGCGUCCUCAGCAGGAGCCCCCAAGAGGACGGGGAUGCAUGCGAAGAAACAGGGCCCGAAAAGGGUAUCCUUGCGCGCGCUUAAGCGGCCAAAGCCAAGGAAGGGCUCAGAUGUAGACGAGGAGGAGGAAGAGGAGAGCUUUUCAGACGAUGACGACGAUAGUGAUUUCAGCGUGUAACAUUGCAAAGUACGCAUAAGCCCUGUAAAGCA